CGUACAGUACCGGUACAGUCGAACCGGUAUUCGAUGUACGUGCUUAUUAACAGCAAAGAACCAGCCAAACAGGCGUCUCACCGGUAUCUCCGCUCGAUCUUCCACACUCACAACUUAAAAAGAAAAAGAAAACAAACAACCAAAACAUGAACUUGCGUUUGCAAUCCUAUUCCUUACUCUCGUUGCUGCUAGCCUCAAGUGCAGCGGCAUCUCCCGUCGUUCCUGACGAUGAUGGUUUGCGCUGGGUCCAACAGGAGAAUGUGACAACCACUUGUGAGACUGAAGUUGAAGCUCUACAAGCCAACCAAGUGUUCCAGUAUGCCAACAUCACUUUGCUGAUCAACUACUACGAUGCAAUCGGGUCGAUGCGUGCGGCCCACUUCGAUUCGGACUCUGGCGUCUUGACCAAAAUCAUCUCCAGCGGCGACCAUGCCAAGAUUAAGGGGUAUCCAGAGUUCGUCGAAGCUUGUCAACGAGCUGGCUACCAGGCCGUGUCAUACGACAUGGACUACACUUGCACGGCCGCUGGACCAGAUGGGAAUGUCAGUUACAUUGAUCAGGUGAAACAUUAUACUAUCUGCGUUGGACCGUCAUGUGGUGACGACGAAAUACCGGCUAGUUUAAAAGCUACUGAUGCAAAGUUUGCUGGCGAUUUCUGUACCGGCAAUGUAGACUUCAAGAGCAACUAUUCGAGCUACGGUAUCGCAGAGUUCAGCGGCAACCAUUCAAGCGAUGCUAUCGAUGGCGGUAUCAUUGGUACAGCCAACGAAGCCGACGAAGCGAACAACGAGGAAAUCUUAGACCUGGUGACAGCUGAAGACAAACCUGAAGAGGAAUCCACCAGUGAACCAACCGAACUCGUCGACAACCAAAACAUGACCGCGAGUGUAGGUGCAAGCACAAUCUCAACUGAAGCUGCUCCACAAAAGAUAGCAGCAGAAACUUUUCGUGAUUUUGUGACUGGAGAUGAUACGAACUUUGAUGACGAAUACCGUCUUCAUGAUGCUAUCAUUGCAGCAUUCAUACCACGCCUGAACGCUGGUGUCAUUCCUGAAAGAUCGGUGUCACACAGCGAGAUUGUUGACAUGCUUCAAGACUGCUCCAACAACGACCAAUCAAACAAUGAAGACUUGCUCUCAAAGUUUAAAAAAGCAAUUCCAUCCAUCAUUGAAAAGGCAACAAAGAGAUUUGCAACCGACACGGGACGUGUUGUGGAAGUAAACGAUCAAUCUUUUGAGCUUGGGGAGAACUACAAGAGCACUCUUAGAUCGGCCACCGUUGCCUGCUUCACUGCAUACGAAACCAAGCUACCUGACAGCUCUACCGCUGCAUACGCUUCUUACAUUGUAGCACCAAUGGAUUACGAUUCCCAGACGCUUGAUCCCUUGGCGUGUGCCCACAACCUUUACAUGUUCAUCGAAGCGGAUGCCAUGGAAAUGCCAAACGAACCACUGUACUACAUUCCCAAGAAGUAG